GGCAUGCCAGCGCACAUCCCCCGGCUCUCUGACGUGGGCUCUAUGCCCCUUCAGGAGGAUCAGAGUUCUUACUUUAUAUUUGUGGCCCUGCAAUAGGGCGAUAUUAGCCAGUCAUUGCCGUUGAUCGUAGGACUAGUGACAAGGAACAGACUCCAAGGUCCAGCUGCCAUUGACGCCUUGCCUAAGCUCAGCGAAAAGUGCUGCCUUGGAUUAUUUGUGGAGGCCAGACACGGACCUGCGAUUUCUACGCACUUGAACCAUUCUUCAGGUGGGAUAGUCCGGCUUACAAGUGAAAAUUUGUACCCACUCUCUGGUUUCUGUGAGCUACCCUUUCUUUUGUACGAAGAGAUUAGAUUUAAUUUUUUCAACCUGGCGUUCCUAUUCACAACUCCCUCCUUUCCUUUCAAUCUAAUACCCUUAAUCUUUGUCUUUUGUUUCUCUGGUUUGCAGCGGCUCCAUUCGUCAACACCAUGUCGAGCGAACAUGCCCAUUCGUGGCAUGACAACAUCCUCGGUGUGGAAAUUGAUGGAUGGGAUGAUAUGAUACAUGACUGGUGGGACUUGGUAUGUGGGAGAGAAUUGUUCGUGGAAGUGAAUUCAUAUACUGAUAUCGGGAUGAUGUUCAGUUUCUUGCUGGUCUCACACUUGCUACUUUACUUCUCGGCCUAGGUUACUCUAUCUAUCUUAUAGUCGGCAGAGUAAAGGCAUAUCUUGCGGUAAGUUAUGACCAAAUACGAUCGUGGCAACAUCUUGACUAAUUUUUGUGGCCAAAUAGACGAGACAUGCAAUCACUCGAUUGCCAAAUGAAGUUUCGCAGUUAUUUUCUGAGCUCUCUAAGAAAAACCAGUUGCGCUUCCCAUCUUCCGAUGUCAAAGUAGGACCAGCACCUAGAUCAUUUGGUGUUUUUACAGGAAGUCUCACCAAUCCUCCCACGGAAUCGCAGCAACGCCUUUUGUCCAAAUGGGAUAUACUUAUCCUCAAUCCUCUUGGCUCAGGAGUCUUGGAAGCCAUUUCUUCGGCCACCUCCAAAGAGAUCAUAGGUCGACUGGAUGUGGGAACGCUUGUGGAUGUCAAGCGUUCUUUAGAACCUGCUAAACUCGUACCUUCGUUGAAAGCAUUCAAUGAUCUUCUUGUGUCGUCGUUCAAACGCCCCCGCGAUUCCCAGACUCCUUUCACCGGUGCCCUCCUGGCGAAUGGGCAACAGCAUUUUCCUCCAAUUAUUUUCAACGAACUUGUCAGAUAUAUACAUUCUCUCGGCUUGGAUGUCUACCUAGAGGUAGCUCCGCCCACGUUCUUAAGCGCGUCAGAAUGCCGUGAUAUCAACUUCUCUCUGUUCAAGGGCCUUGUUUGCCGGAAUGGAACAAUCAUGCCGAAUGGUGAACGCCGCAAUUAUUUCCAAAUGGCUGACAUGCGUUUACCACUUCGAGCACUGGCAGCACAAACAACAGGUGCCACAGUCAUGAUGUGGGAGUCUGUUGAUAAUCACGUGGAGUUGGAUCAUGCCGUGGUUACUCGCAGCUACAAUUGGUGUCGGUUCAGCAGCGCCCUCAGCUGGAUUGGCCACAGUAUUGCCACGCUGGAUGCGGAUUAUGCGGAAGCCCACACUGUUGUGGGUGAGCCACUCGGUGCCAUGAUGUGGCUGAAGAGCGAAAAUAUCAUGGAGGCACAGAAGAUUUGGAAUGCAAACGACCGAGUAAGUGCAGACAGGGAGGACACAUGAAGAAAAAAGGAGUAGCUUGAGCUACACAAAAAGCCCCGGUCGCUAACAUUCUUUCCCUGUACAGAUAUCUCCCGAGGCAGUUGGCGAUCACGAGAUAUAUUCUUCUCUGGAAGAAUUCAUACCUGAAUUAUCAGAUAUGCUAGCACUGGUCUCUAGCAAGCAGAAACAUGGGCGAAACAUGAGCGAAGUAACCAAAUCAACCAUUUCGACAGACAGUGGCAAUUUUGAAUGGCCAUGGCGAGACUACAACUCUCCAGCAAACGCAAUACAGCUCCAUUCAUCCUCCCAUCAAAUGGAUGGAACUGGCCUAGGAUGCUUUCAGCUCGGCAUUGUAGCCUCGCCUACAGCUUUUACAGACCUUGUACAGACCCAGAAUCGUCUCAAGGAUCUUGGAAUGCUCGAUUGCUUGGAAGCUGGGGAGUUGAACAGGAUGGCUGAUCAACUACAGAAUUUGUACGACGAUCAGUCAUUCCUCGAUAUCUCAUUCGAGGAUUCUCAAGCUAUUAAGGAUUUGAUGCGCCUUCUUGCAGCGAACAAAGGGGAUGGCAACGAUCGACUGAGAAUCUAUGUUGGACUAGAUUCUGGGUUUCGAACUAGCUCAGAUGCCGCAUUUUGUCAGUUUUGGGGUCUAUAUGACUACGAUGCUGUUGCCGCAAGAAUGAAUAUCUUCAUUUCGGGAAGGACGAAGGAUCGUCUUGGUACCAUUCUGCAUACUUUCAUGUCGAGUAAGGAUUGCUCGCGAGUUCAAUGCUUUAUGGCUGAGAUUACGCUCUCCGAUAGAUUGGGCACACUGCCCGAUUCUUGGGCACUAUCACCUCGAAUCGUGCAAGAUCUGGAGCAGUUGACCCCCGCCGAGACGAUUCUUUUCAUGCAGCGAAUGGAGUAUUCUUGUCUGAAAGACUACCCCAUGCUCGCAGCAAAUAUACGAUCUUGCUGUGAGUAUCAACUCCUGGAGGUUCCAUCACUCUCUCAGCUCAAGGCUUUGAACGCCACCUCUUAUAUCGAAAACAAAAUCUCGGCUGAGGAUUUGGUGGAAUCCCGUCUCAGGUGGUACCGCGACAAUCAUUGUGAUUGCCCAGACUCGGCAGCAGCAAUCAGACUCUUUAGUGAGAUGGAGCCUCGUGUUUCAUCGAUCCUGCUGGGUAGACAAGCCGAAUUCAUUGACAAGCUCGAUAUUGUCCUUGAAACGGUACUCCAGAGGCACCAGAUUGACGCCAGUGCAGAUAUCUUUGCAUUAUCCAUAUUCUGUGCCUUCAGGAAAUUGGCCAUCAAUGAGAUCUUUAUGGAAAUCAUGGACCGUAAUCCACUCCCAAAUCCUCAACCUGACCAGGCUGCUUGUUACGCAGAGAUGUUUGCCCUUGGCUCAGGAUGUGAAGGUUACCUUGGUAUGACUCCAAACGCUGUGGGAAAGAUUCUUUCCCAUAGAUUGUUUGCAUACUACCGAAUCAAUCAACCACCGCAGCGAGAUGACGCGACCACAGAGCAGCCGACUGCAUAUGCAGCUAAACUGACUGAUAUCAAUCCGAAGUAUGGAGACACCCCUUUGAUGCCAUGGUACCAUCGAAUCACCUUCUUGGGUAUUUUUGCAAUUCCAGCUUUUAUUGAUAUCAUGCUGCUUACAACUCUGGGGAGAGGACUUUAUCUCACUACCUUUAUGUCUAACGAAGAGAAGGAGAUGGCAACGAUAGCACUCAUGGUGGCUUUAUUCCUGUGCGGUGCUACUGGAACUUGGGUCGCUACUGGCGGAAGUUACUAUCUGUACUCCAUGACAUUCCCAGCAAUGAAUAUGUUCGUAAUUACUCGCUUUAUUGCUGGAUUUGCGAUCUGUUUCACAACAGGCAUUCUGGCUCUAAUUAUUGUCGGUGUCACGAAAGGAUUCUACGCUGGAUUCGUGUUUUUCGCCUACUACCUCCUCCUCAAUACCUACCUUGUGUUACUAGCGACUCUCUCAAUCUACCAGUUUCCUGGGUUUGCUUUCCAGUCGGGAAGAACCGUCGUCAUAUCUCGGAUACCGAUCCUUCUUUUUCCGCCUAUCGUCACAAUCUGGACCAAUCAUGAUUUCUUGGUGUACAUAAUUGUAUUGACUGUUUUCGUACUCUCGCUCCUACAUGGUGCACGUGGGGUGAUGUCUGAUUGGAGCACUUGGUAUCUCGACAUACCGUGUAUGACUGACAUUGAGGUCAUGAACUGGUACAAUGAAUUGAAAGCCUCCAAGUCCAAUCUUUCGGAGAAACCCAGUCACGAAGACAUCAAACCAACUGAGAGCUCCCUACCACGUAGAGCUCUUCAUGCCGCAGUCUUGAAAGAGCAUACUCGGCCAUUUUGGAAUAGAUGGGACAAGUCAACAGACGAACGGAUUGUGAAAAUGGCAAAGGGCUACAAAGCCACGAUGUUCUUGAUGGACUGGUAUUGCAAGUACUCAAGAAGUAAGAUGCCGUACGCAUACAGCCCAACAUGGAAUCUUCAAUGCAAAACCGCCGUUGAGACUUUGUGGGAUAUGCAGAAGGGCGUUAAACUUCAUAACGCAUUUGUCCAUUGGCGUAAUGCAGGCAACGAGUUGUGGGGGGGCGCCCUCUACUUUGCUCUUGCGCUUCUAGAUAAAUGGAUUUCAAUCUUUACUGGUCGACCAAUUGUUGGUCUUUCCAACGCGCAAAACGAGAUGUAUCGCUUGGCUGUGGGUCUUGGGUUGGGUUAUUAUCUCAUCGGAGCAGUAUUUCUCGAUGGGGUGUCGCAACCUCUUUGGGCGUUGUCACAAAAGCGUAUCGCUCAGCCCAUCAGAUCAUUCAAAUCCCUUCAAGAGGUCAAUGUCAACAAUGCUAAGUCCCGAAAACGGUUGUAUUGGGAAUAUCUGACAAAGUUCUUCUUCAUGCAUAUAACGGGACUUUCCCUCACAUCAGGGCUUCUUUGGUCAUUCACCAAUUCCUCGAGUAGCACAAUAUUGUACAUCGCAUACAUAACAUCUUAUGCUGGUCUUCUUUGUUACCAAUACAAUCGGAUCUUCACUGGACCACUCGCAUUUAAAGAACCAGGGGCGGCUGUUAUAAUCGGAUUGGUGGUCGGUUUGGUCUUACACGGAGUAGUGCCCACCUUCGAAUUCAGUUCAGUCAUCGCGCUUGGAACUGCCACUUGGAUUGCGGCUAUCCUCUCUUUCUUCCACGUUCAUCUUGGAAAACCCAACAGUAAAGAUACCGGUUUGCGCAAACCAAAAGCCAUACAUUCUAGCACAGCUAUUGCUCCUCACAUGCAACAGUCACAGGCCUCUUUAUCCGAGAUGGUUGAUUCCUUCAGCGCUCUUAGUAAUGAAUUGCGAUUUAGACUCGACCCUGAAACCCACCCAGGCAUAGAAGUGAUGGAAAUUCUAAUAUCUCGGAGCAAGCACCGUCAGCCCAAGAUAGUUACUGAUGCCUUUCCCAAUGCAGACCAACUGGUACGCCGAACGGUAGAGUUAUGGAAGAGCGGCGAGAUUGUUAUCGAGCUUGUUCCCAUGCGUCAUUUCCUCAGACAGGAACAAAAGUUGAAAACGGUUUCUCGGGAUACGAAUGGUCGAUUACAGGUUUUCGUAUUCCUCGGUCUUGAUCUUAUCGAUCGUGAGUGGGUGAUGGAUAUCCGCAGGAACUGCAAAGUGUAAGGACAUACGUUACGUCACAAUCAAAAAAUGAGAUAUGCUAAUCUGUCUUUAGUGUUGCGGAAGCGAUUAUUCAAGCAACAUGUGAAGCAAGACUUGGUCUCUCACAUGACCAUUCAAUGUUGGCAGAGCUGCUGGCCGUGGAAAACAACGGUGGAGAACUAGCCCUCCCAGAAGGUGUUAAGAGACAACUUCAGAAUUCCACAAGCGAGCGAACGAGAGUAGUAAAAAGUGGAGACAGAUGUCUUCUCGAGUAUCUUCUUCUUGGUGUCGAUCCAGACAUUCAGUGGGAUACUUUGCCCCUGCAUAUGAGGAAGUUCCUCCUGAAACGAGCCUGCGGAGAUCAUUAUCAUGUGUCAAACGAGCACGUAGACUGGAUGAAGCAGAACCUCGGUGGAGGGCAGUCAUUGGAUAUUGACGAGUAUGUCGCUCGUUGCAAUUUGGGCGCUGCUGUGACAAUGCUCACAAACGAUUUCGCCACAUUACUGGAGGGUGACUUUACCCACCUUGAUCUACAAGAGCCUCUAGAUGCAACUUACGACAUGAAUCCAAACUUCGCACUCCCACAAAGUAUCGAUGAAAGGGAGACGAAGCUUAGCACGUUCUUCAAACGUCCGCUUACCACACUACGUCACGCAAUGACCCAUUCUACCAAAUUCCUGAGCGUUGCUCUCGUCGCUGAUCCAGAGUUCGCUCGAGAAUUGGAAUACGUCAUGUAUGGGAAGCCCGCCUUGGUUCGAUGGAUCGUGACCUCGUUUCUCACAUCUGUAUGGCUAUUCUGCAAGACCCUACAGAAGAUUAUUCUCCCCCAUGUUCUAGUAAGUAAGACCACAACUUGAUCUACAAGCAGUAAACCUAAUACAACUUCUAGCUUCACAAUCGCGAAGGUGUCUCCAAGCUUUAUCGUGAGAUGAAAGGCAUUAAUACCGUGAUUGGAAGGAACAAGAUCGAUGUGGAGAGUCUCAAUGGACCUUCGACGUGCUUCUUUAACACUUUGCCUGAUGGGUCAUCCGAGCUUCAUCAGUACUCAGGAGUACUAAAAGAAAAUCCCAAGGGAACUUGGAAUUUGAUGGCCAUCAACACAUACUCCGGAAAGAUGGUUCUACGCCGACGAGAAGAGUAUUCGAAAGAGCAGCGCACUAAUGUUUUCGAGUAUAAAUACCACGAUGACAAAAAGUCACGCUCAAAGGUUCCCCUAGCGAGAGAGUGUGUCAACGGACCUCUUCAAGGGCAGAUUGUUCAUUAUGACAAGAGAGGGUAUAUUACAUCCGGGUCAUACGUCAAGGAUGGCAAUCUUACUCAAUUCAAAUUCUUCUACCGAAAGCAUGCCAAGCACGAGGAUGAGCUUCUCAGAGCCGAGUUUGAACUUGCUCAUAUCAAGAUCCAAGUCGCAUGGAGCGCGCCACCAGCAAAAAAUCCGCAAAAGUUGGAUAAAUGGAUCCCAUAUAUCAAGGUCACCGAGGCGACCUUUACAGACCUCACAAAUGUAGAUGAACAUAGAGUUUAUAGAAGCAGAUGGACCUACGAACACAAGCACCACCCGACUAUAUUGACAACCCUUGAUGGGGUUGAAGUAGAAACUCCACCUAUGAUUCGGCAUGACUUCUUCAAAGUUCUCCAGAAGCCUCAAAAUUGCUCCUUCGUCACCGAGAACCCACUUUUCUUGUUCAAGUCCGCCCAAUCAAGCUUUUUGGAACGCUUGCUUUCUCUCAACAGAAAACAUUAUCCAAUCUCCACGUCCCGUGCAAGAACACAUCUUUGGAAGGCCUGGAAGAGCGGCAAAAAAUUGGAUGCGGUCACUGCCAGAUGGCUGGAUGAGCGUUCACUUCGUUCUGAUCACGAUUUACGCCCUUACUGGAUAGCUCGUGAUACAAGUAGGCUUGAUAAAGCAACUGAUUACCUGGAAUCACGGAUGGACACUAUUAUGGCAAGAGUCGACAUUGAAUCUGAUAUUAGCUCAUGGACUCCACUUGCGUAUAAGAUGAGCGAUAUGUUCACAUUUGGUCAAGGUGGUGAUGCUAGAAUCAAUACAAGAAGUCAGGCAUCUCAGAUGCGGGAUACCGAAGACGAACUCCACGUUCUGGCUUUCGAUACGGGGACCUGGCCAAACGAGGGUGGUGGUGUUUCUGCCUGUCGUCGAGACAUGGUCAACAAUUUGAAUAGUAUUCGAUGGCAUAUUGUUGCUGAGAACGCCAAUGAUUUUGGUGUGCCAAAGUUUCAAAUUGAGAAGAACGUGCAGUCACUCACUGUGUUGCCACUGUGGGGAAUGGAUUUCCUUACCCCAACUCAUGGAAUUUUCCAAAAUAUUCUUGACUCGGAGGUUCAAAGAAAGUCUCAUGAUACACGAGACGAUGAUAUUCGGAAACAGUUCAUUCCUAUUCUGAAGACUCUAGUUCGGGGUGCACGAGCCAUCAAAAUCGAUCGUCAGAUGAUGGAGGAAACCACCAAAGCUCUCGUUGAUUUGAACACCUACUUUGAAUCUGGUCGCCACUGGGGUGAUGUUUGGCUGAGUCCAAUUGUCAAACAAGCGUGGCAAGAACUCUGGCUUGCUGAAAAUGUUGAGAAUGCGAGACCGAUUGAAGAAUGGUUACAUGCAGAAUGCCCUACAUUACUACAUCUUGAUUAUGCCUUGGAUAUGUGGCAUCGCUGUAAGUCAUAGCCCUAUUGUCCCUUAUUCUUAUAAACAUAUGUGUCACAGACUAACUCUAUGGCAUCUCAGAUUUGUUCGUCUUUUCGAUUCCAAUACCUGAGAAGAUUCCAGAUAUCAUUCAGGCAUCUCAUCACUUUGCUGGCGCCUCUUAUGGCAUUGUCUGCAAAGUGAAGCGAAAUGUUGCUUUUCACGUCUGGGAUCACUGUAUCAGCUGGAGAGAAGUGACCGUCUUCCUGUCUUCUGCUAUAUCUUUGGAUGCGCCAUUUGUCGGCAAUUCUCUCAUUGGGCUUUCCCGUCUUACAUCACUUCUUACAUUGCACCACGCGGAUGUUGUACUUCCCUGUGCUGAUUUCUUCAACCCUGGUUGGGAAAUUGAAAUUGGAACACAGGAAGGUACAGUUGAGCAUCGUCGCUCCUUUAAGCGAAAGAUUGAUCCUGUGGUUAAUGGAAUCUGUAAUAUGGAGUCGUUCAAGCCCAUUGAGAAGAUCAAGUCUACUGUUCCUACAGUGACCAUGUUGUCACACGUUCGGUACGUAUAAUCUGAGUGCAUCUGGAUGUAUUCGGUAGCUAAUUCGCUGGUUAGAUUCGUGAAAGAUAUCAAAACAGCCAUUCUAGCUGCCGACAUUAUCGUUAAUGAAUGGGGAUUCACAGAUUAUAACCUUCAUAUCUACGGAGAUAUGGAGAAGGCACCUGGGUACUCGGUCGAAUGUCAGGAGAUCAUCGCCUCCAAGUCACUUGGUGAAAAGGUCAUUCUUAAAGGUCUCGGCAGCCCAUCUAAAGUUCUUGAACAUGCCGUAAGUCUUCUAGUACUCUGCAUAGAAUUGUUGUCCACUGACCAUCGCAUAGUGGCUGUUCUUGAAUUCUUCUGUUUCCGAGGGAUUGCCUUUGGCUAUGGGUGAAGCUGCCUUGACAGGUGUACCAGUUGUCUGUACCGAUGUCGGUGCCUCAUUCCGUGUAGUUACAGAUCCAGUGACAUUCAAGAAAUUCAGUGCAGUCGUCGCACCCAAUGACGCCCAAUCGCUCGCUCGAGCCCAGAUCAAUGUUCUCGGUCUCUUGGAUGAAUGGAGCAAAUACGCCGAAGACAAGCCUGGUUUCCGGCCUAAGCUUGCACUAGAACCCACCAAAGAAGAAGUCAUAGCCAUUCAAGCACGAAUGUACGAGAAAGCAGAACAUCGUCGACGUCUCGGUAUGAUGGGUCGUACCAACGUGCUCAACUCAUUCUCCGAAGGCAGAUAUCUGAAAGAACACGAGCAGUUACUCUGGAUUGGAAAGAAUCAAGCUCCUGCAUAUCGUGCUCGUCGUGGAUUGACCAGUUACGGUCGUGCCAAUUUUGGAUCAAGGUUCAGUAAUUGUCCUUCGAUGUUCAAUAGUGCACCUGCAUCUAGUCGAUCUAGUUUCCGGGUGAGUAAAUAUCAAUCUCAGGCUAUGGCUCAUAGGAGCGGUGCUCCUAGCGGCGGAAGUUCACUUCGAGGUGGUACCUCGCUUCGCGCGCCGAGGAUGGCUGGAUAUACGAAGAGUUAUGCCAGUUCUGUGACGAUGUUGGGCGAUAGGUAAUGUGAUAGGUGAUGGAUUUUGAUGGGCUUUGUUUUGUCUCUGUAAAAGCGUUUUAAAUUGUAAUUUCUAAUUUUCAUUUGUAUGGUUAAGUUUUAUGGAAUGAACAUAGGCGAAUAGAGUAUAGAGUAAAAGAAUUUCAUCAUAAGGUUGUACUUAAUCCUUUUUUGCUAUAGAACAUAUUUGAG